UAAGUGUCCAACUUUGUUCUGCAUUCUAAUUCUGCCUUGAGUGGCGAGAAAAUGGAGGACAAUCCCAUUAUUUUCACUGUGUGCUUUUCAUGAGAGGACAUCGUAAGGCGAUCCCGGGACAAUAAAACGUCAGAUACAUAGUUUACAACUUUACUCAAGUCUAAACCAGUUCCUUGGACUAAGGUACCACUUAAAUCGCAUGAAAAGAUGCGUACAAGACUGGAAUGGAACAAGCAUGCAGAUGUAACCCCUCACAUGUCUUGGGAGGAGGGGGAGUGUGAGCCUUGAAAGAGGGUAUUGGGAUGUGAGUGGGCCAGCAUCCAGCAAGAGCCACAGCCAAAGAGGCAGCAGAAAUAAAGACAAGCAACAACAGGAAUUCUGAUCUUCCCUUGCAACUUUCCCACUGCAGGCUGUUAUCUGUUUUGGUCAAACAACUCAGAACCGCACCUGUGUGUGUGUUUUGUUGUUUGUGUGAGAGUAUUUGGCUUUAGAGUCCGUGCCAGCCAGACCAGGCCAGGUUCAUCCAUGAGGCCCAAGACCUUCCCUGCUGCCCCAUACAUGGGCAACACACGCCAGUGUCUGCAGGAGAUCAAGGAGGGACUGAAACAACCAGCAAAGCUGGUGAGCCAGGCGCUUCAUGGAGGCAGUGCCCGAGGGGAGGGGGGCAGAGGGGGUGAUUCUAAGGGCAAAGACCAAGCUGGUAGGCAACAGCAGCUCCGGCCACCCCAGAAGUUCAACAACUACCAAAAUGCCCUUCUUGAGAUCCAGAUGUCUCUAGUGCAAUUUGACAAAAAGUCAGGUCAAGGAUCCAGCUCAGUGCACCCUGUUGAAGUAAACAGACAGAUGCUGCAGGAACUUGUCAAUACUGGUUGUGAUCAGAAAAUGGCAGUGCGUGCCCUAAAACAGACUGGUAGCCGUAACAUCGAGGCAGCAUUGGAGUACAUAAGUAAAAUGAGUUACCUGGACCCACACAAUGAACAGAUUGUACGUGUCAUCAAACAGACAUCCCCAGGAAAAGGUGGUAUGUCAAAUUUGAUGGACCACAGAUCAGCAAUGGAGGGCGCUGGGAAAGGUGCAAUGCCACCGUAUCACCAAAUGGGGGCACCACUCUAUGAAGGAGCUAGUUAUGGGGCUGAGGGUGACUUGGCUCGAGCAUACAUGGGUGGACCACCUGUUAUGAACUACAUGACACCACCUGCCAACUCUUCACAGUGUCCUGCCAUGGGAAACCCAAUGGGUCGUCCUGGCAGUAUGGGUGCCUACUCCACAGGCAUGGCUUCCCAAAAUAACCCUGGGAACCCUAUGUACACAGCUGGUCCAUCCCAGCAAAAAAGCUACCCUGGUGUGAUGGACCAGGCUAUGAUGGGCUACAGUGUGCCUGGACCUCCCAUGCAACUCCAGGCUCAGCCUCCAGGAGGCCCUGGCCCUCAUUAUGACUAUAGGUCUCAUAUGAUGGAGCCUUCCAGCUAUGGAGUCAAACGGAGUGCUUCCUUCCAGAACAAGAUGCCUCCACUCACACCAGACAACUAUGUUACUAUGCCAAGCAAAGGAGCAAUGGGCCAAAAUGGUGGUGGCUACCCUCCCACCUUAUAUAUGUCACCACAUUCGCACCCACGCCAAGCCAGCCCUACCACACACCAGGUUCACAUGAUGCCACGUCCCCCUGGUGUAGCCACUGGAGCAAUGGGUGGGGAAUUCUCAGAUGUUCCUCAAGGCCUUCUUAAUCCUUCCAGGGCCAUUCUGAACCUUGACCUGUAUGAGCAUCAUUGGCCAGGAGCCCAAGUUCCUGAGGGGACUUCUCCAGCUAGGCAGCCACAGGGGCCCUUUAGAGGUGAGGUGCGCAUCCCCAGUAGAACCAAUUCUUUCAACAACCAUCAAAAGGUGACUGUGAGGCAGGCAUUGCCUCCUACAGCAAGUGUUGCUGGCAAGCAGGAGGCACCUUUGGGUCCACCUAACACAAUCACUGCAGUAACCUCUCCACCAAUCCAGCCACCUGUUAAGAGUAUACGGGUCAUGAGGCCUGAGCCAAAGACAGCAGUGGGACCAUGUCACCCAGGCUGGCUGAGUGCACAAGCCCAAGAAGCAGCUGAGUCUCAUGGUUAUAUGCCAGAUGAGACUUUUACCCUGGAGCCUAACCAAGAACACCGCUGUCCUCCUCCACCUUACCCCAAAACACUGCUCCUGCCUGGUUCUGGACCUGGAGCUGAGCCUGCAUCCCUUGAGUCUGGAGCCAUGGGUGGACUUCCAGAUGUCAGUGUAACAAGUAGAACUGUCCAGAGUGCCUCAGCAGGAAAACAGGAGAAACCUGUUUCCAAAGACAAAGCAAAGGCAGGCAAAGGAGAGAAGGCUGUGAAAGAUAAGAAGCAGAUCCAGACCUCACCGGUUCCUGUGCGAAAGAAUGCCCGAGAUGAAGAGAAGAGGGAGUCACGCAUCAAGAGUUACUCUCCAUUCGCCUUCAAGUUCUACAUGGAGCAACAUGUGGAGAAUGUGAUGAAGACGUACCAGCAAAAACUCAACCGCAGGAUGCAGCUGGAGCAAGAGAUGUCCAAGGCUGGCCUAUCAGAGGCAGAGCAGGAACAGAUGAGGAAGAUGCUGAAUCAGAAGGAAUCCAACUACAAUCGACUGCGACGUGCCAAGAUGGACAAAUCUAUGUUUGUCAAAAUCAAGACGCUAGGCAUUGGGGCAUUUGGUGAGGUGUGUCUUACACGCAAAUUGGACACAGGGGCUCUCUAUGCCAUGAAGACUCUACGAAAGAAAGAUGUUCUGAACCGGAACCAAGUAGCCCAUGUGAAAGCAGAACGGGACAUCUUGGCUGAAGCUGACAAUGAGUGGGUAGUCAGGUUGUACUACUCAUUCCAGGACAGAGACAGCCUGUACUUUGUCAUGGAUUACAUUCCUGGAGGAGAUAUGAUGAGCCUGCUGAUCCGGAUGGGGGUGUUCCCAGAGCCCUUAGCCAGGUUCUACGUGGCAGAACUGACGUUAGCCAUUGAGAGUGUACACAAAAUGGGCUUCAUUCACAGAGAUAUCAAACCAGACAACAUUCUCAUUGACCUGGAUGGACACAUCAAACUGACUGACUUUGGUCUGUGUACUGGGUUCCGUUGGACUCACAACUCAAAGUAUUACCAAAAAGGGAACCAUAUCCGGCAGGAUAGUAUGGAACCAAGUGACUUUUGGGACAAUGUGUCUAACUGCCGUUGUGGUGACCGCCUGAUGACUUUAGAACAGCGGGCGACUCGACAGCACCAGCGUUGCCUGGCACACUCUCUGGUGGGCACUCCUAACUAUAUCGCCCCUGAGGUGCUUCUGCGCAAAGGCUACACACAGCUGUGUGACUGGUGGAGUGUGGGAGUAAUCUUGUUUGAGAUGCUGGUUGGCCAGCCACCCUUCCUUGCGCCAACCCCAACAGAGACACAGCUUAAGGUGAUAAACUGGGAGAAUACCCUGCAGGUGCCACCACAAGUGAAGCUGAGCCCUGAGGCGGUUGACAUCAUUGGUCAGCUCUGCUGCUCAGCGGAAGAGCGUUUAGGGGGCAAUGGGGCUGGAGAGAUAAAAGCUCACCCAUUCUUUUCUGAGAUGGAUUUCUCCAGUAAUCUUCGCACACAGCCUGCCCCCUACCGACCCAAAAUUGUCCACCCUAUGGAUACAUCCAACUUUGAUCCCGUGGAGGAGGAGGGCGGUCCAGGGGCCUGGAGCGAUAGUGGGGACAGCACCCGCACUUGGGACACUCUCUGUUCUGCUCAUGGCAAACACCCCGAGCACGCCUUCUACGAGUUCACCUUCCGCAGGUUUUUUGAUGAUAAUGGUUGUCCAUUCCGUUAUCCCAAGCCCCCCGAAGCGACGCACGACCUGCCCUCUAGUGGUGAGGGCAGUAGCUUGAAGUCUGGGUUGGAGGAGGAAGAUGUUCGUGAAGAGGAAGAACAAGGGGAAGGGUGUGAGCCAGUUUAUGUGUGAGACUGUUAAUGUUGCUCUGCCUUAACCUAUACAGGGCUUUAUCAGUUAAUAGGCUGCAUCUCCUACCCUUCUUUUAAUCCGUACUUUCUCUUCAGGGUGUACUUUUGUACAUUAAAGAAAUGAAAGAACACGGAGAACAACAGAAACAGAGUGCACAAUGUUCUGUGUGAAAUUGUUUUAUUCCUCAAAUCAUUAUGCAGUAUCCUUUGCCUGAGAGAAGCACUGACCUGGGACCAAGGAAGUGCACAAGAUAUAGUCCAGGGGAUCUUAGUGUGAUUGAUAAAUUUGGCUGCUUUAUUAUGAGAGCACAAAAAAAAAAAAGAGAGAUGUUUUUCUGCUGCUCUGUGGUUUGUUUAUCAAACCAAUCUACUCUUGUGUUUAGUGUGGUAUGUGUCAAUGUUUUCCCAUUCCUUUAUUCAACUUGGUAAAAAUACCCCAGUGACAUUUAAAUUUUUUUUUUUACUUUCUUCACCUCUCUCAGCCAGGUGAUGCUAACACAGCCAUUCCGAACACCAGAGAGGGAUCAGAAGAAAUGUUGGCUUGAAAUAGUGGCCUAGUUAUUAGGGAAUUAAGUCAGAGAGCAGACUGAUGCAUGGUUAUCCUCCACCACAAUGCAAUCCCACAAAACAAAAAUACAUGUUCAACAUGCAAAAACAUUGUCAGUGAAAGCUGUGGCGGUUCAUUGAGUGUUUUCAUUUUUAAUCACUCAUAAAAUCAUUAGCCAGAGUUUCAAAUAUGGGAUCUUGGCUAAUUUGCCUUAAAAAAAAGAUUUAAAUGUUUGAGAUCGUUUUGUGGUGCCACCAAGUGGCUCAAAGUGAAACUAGUGAAUAAUGCUUUUUGAAGGUCCCACAUUAUGGACUGAAAUGAAGUCACUUUUUUAUAUAUGUAUCCUGCUAAUUCAGUCAGAAAGAUCACACUGUAUUUGUCAGUUAAAUACACUUAUCACACUAUUUUGUAAAUAUUACACAGAUAUACUUCAUUUUAUGUUUCAUGCCUUAUCAGGUUAAAUGGUGUUCUGAGAAGUGACAAGUAUUGAGACAAAAUAUUCUAGACAUACAGCCAGCACUUUGUGGACAUGGGUUCUUAAAAAAGUCCAUCAUUAUUAAAGGUUUGAAAGUAACGUCUAUAAAAUAUUUCAGAUAUUAUUAAUUGAGAGCUGAAUAAUUUCAUGUUGAAACAUGAAUUUUGUUGAUGCCACAAAAAAUUGAUUAUUUUGCAAUCUGGAAAAUUUUUGAGUAAUAGUGAACUAAUUCCUGCUUUCUACUCACUUGCCAGCAAUCUACAGUCACAUCGGUGAAAAUAACCACACCAUGAAGCAGUUUUCUAAAAUCCCACCAAGUUAUUGGCAGCAGUGCCACUGACCACCGAGUUAGUUAAGUUUUAUUGCUUUGUUCUACAAAGAUUUUGAUUUGACAAUUAUCUUGCCUGGCUUUAUUUAUCUUGUUUAAAAGCUUGCAUUACAACACCUUUUACCAGUUAUUUAUAUAUACACACACAUACAGAUACCCAAAUCAUGUGUUGUUUUUAGAGUUGUGCUUUCUCAGACUGCCACAGACACAGUGGCCAUGCAGCUGGCUAUCCGGAGCAAUGCCGCAACUUUACAGUUUUUAUUUUUUUACUUUUUAACCAAUCUGAGAAGCAAUACUAGAGCUUAACACAAAUAACACUUUAAAUGCUUCUCAUUGUUUAACUCUGUCUCUGGCUUUAUUCUUAACCUGUUGCUCAAAAGAUCUUAAUUGCAGUCAGUUUCACAGAAGGUCUUAAAAGUCAAGGUGAUUUGUUUUUGUUGUUUGUGUGUUCAUCCUCAUCCAGAGUAAUUUUGUCUAUCACCAACUUCUUUCAACAAAGUUUACUGAACGCUUGCGAAAAACAAUCUCAAUGGAUGAUCACACACAGCACAGUAUUAUAGAAAGUCUAUGGCUGAAAUGUAAAGAAUACUUUUGAGGCAGUUGUAGAUACUCUUUAGAAAACAGUGAAAAAUGUGGCGAAAGAAAAGGCAAAUGUGUCUGAUGGUAUGACUAUGUGCAAUACAGAAAAUGCAUUAUAUAGUUUUCUAAAAACAACAAAUAGCCUUUAUAACUUUAAACUGAAUUAUGCUAUAUAAAACUAUAUAUAUUAUAUUGAAUUAUACAUUCAUUUUAGUUUUAUGACCCAAUGCUGCUGCUUGUUGUUGUUGUUAUUAUUAUUACAAUAUAAAGAACAUUAUCAUCAUACUUUUAUUCUCUCUGUGUUUAAAGUGUGGAAUUGAUUGUCAGUAUGAAUGGUCGAGAUGAAUUGUGUGCCUUCUAAUGAAUCUGUGGGUGUGUCCAGCAUGUGGUGUUUAGUAUUUCAAGAGGUGGAAUACCUCUUCUUGCUCUCAGGCUGGUCCUGACUGUAAGAUAGAAGGUGUUUUUGGAGGCCUAGUUUGAGAAAGAGAUAAAAGAAGCAAGAAUGAAUGCUUGUCACUAAGACUCUGAAGGAGAUGUAUGUGAAUGUCAGGACAGGAUGGAUAUUGAAAUACAUAUGUAUGCUUGGUUUGCUUAAUGAUAUGUCUUGCAGUUGUUUUGAAGUCAAUUUAAUAUUGUUUUUCUGUGAUCUAAUCAUUUCUUGUGAUUAUGGGUCACUGCACAAAAUGUUCUCUGUAUUAAUUAUCUCAAACGUACUGACAAUCAUGUUGUUAUGUGGCUGCAUUAGACCAAACUGAGAUGUCAAGUCAGUAUUGUUAAAUUAUCCCUUACGACCACUGACUGGAAGAGCUAUAAAACAACAUAUGAUACAUUAAUAUGUUUUAAACAUUAAUAUGUUUUAUAUAUAUAUAUAUAUAUAUAUAUAUAUAUAUAUAUAUAUAUAUAUAUAUAUAUAUAUAUCAGUAUGAGUAUGAGCCUCUUUAAAGGUAAGUUACAUUUUUACAUGUAUACUAUGGUGUGACUUAUGAUGGUGUGCCAUUUGUAUAUAAAAACCUAAACUGUUAUCAUCCAUUUGGUCCAAUCAAAGUUCAUUGAUGGCUAAUGUUUUGCAAACCCAUAUUCAUCAGUAUGGACCACUCAGUGAAAAAAAACAUUAGUUUUUUAUGAAUCUCUCACAGAGUCAGGUAUAAGGUUUGAAUGUAAUGUGUGUGCUGUGCUUAGGAUGGAUUCUCUGUGUUUUACUUUUGAAAGUGUUGACUGACAAUCUUUGACUGUAUUUUGAAGUGUGUGAUGAUGGGUCUUUUCUUUAUUGUAUGUUUUUAUAUUUUAAUGGAAAAAUGGGUUGGGACUUUUUGACGUUUGUAAUCUUCUAAAUGUAUUAUACUGUUACUAGUGAACAUAUAUUUAUACAGAUAUACAUAUUUUUUGUAUCCUUAAUUCUUUUAUUUUUAUUUUUUCCAAGCUAACUUUUGAACCCCUACAUGUCUACAGUAUUACAGACAGUAUGCAUUUGGAUUUAUAUCUAAUUUUGACAUGAAUUAAUUAAGAAUGUUUAAGAAAUCCUUUCACUGUCUUCAUGUGUAAAUGUAUAUGUCUAAAUUAAAUGAAACAAAU